AUGUAUGAACUACGAAAUGAAAUAGCAGAAUUGAAAUUACAACCCAACAACCCACAGUUAAAGAUGGAAUAUACAAGUGAAGUUAUACAAACCACAGCAUUUGCUCCGCGCGGCAACCGGCCUCCUUUGAGCCCAGCACAAAUCCAAAAAAUGUUGGAUGAAAAUGCUCAUUUAAUUCAAACUAUUCAGGAGUAUCAAGCGAAGGGACAGCUAAUGGAAUGUCAUCAAUAUCAACAAGUACUUCAUAGAAAUUUAGUUUACUUGGCUUCUGUAGCUGAUGCAAAUCAGAACAUACAACAAAUUUUACCGCCACCUCAUCAACUUGCACAAACUGGAAAUGUGCCACAAAGUGGAAUAAAUCCAUCUCCUGGUGGUGGUGAAGUUCCUGGUUCACCUCAACAGCCUUAUCGUCCCCCUGCAGGAGCUUCUACAUCAGCAACAAGGCCUACACAGUCAUAUGGCCCAAGACCGUAUCCACAGAAUCAGUAUCAAGGACAGUACCAAGGAGCUUAUCCACCCCAAGCAGGCUAUGGACCUCCUGGUCAAAACUAUGGACCCCCCAACCCGCCACAACAACCUCAAGGAUAUCCUCCUAACUCUACAUAUGGUCCACCUAUUACUACAGCCCCUAAUAAUUAUCCACCAUCUACUCAUCCAGGCCCAGGUUAUCCUCCUUCUUCAGCUCAGCAACCUUAUGCUCCACCUCCAGGUAAUCCGGCAGCUCCUGGAUCUUACCCAGUAAGAGGUCCUAGCCAACCUGGCUACACUGGUAGUUCAGCGUACCCACCACCUCAGUCUGGUGCUAACUAUCCAAAUGCUGGUGUUAACACAUACAAUACAACUACAUCUCAACCUCAACCUUAUCAAACACAAUCUUUCCAAAAUACAACUCCCACUUCAGGUUAUGGGUCCACUCCGGUUUCACAACCAAAUAGAUCCCCGCAACCUCCAUCAGGGGGAUACACAUCACAAAAUCCUCCUAGCACUGGUUAUGGAUCUCCAUCUGCACAGUCACCCACAUUCAACUCAAGUUCCCAUGGAAACAAUGCCCCAUCAACAGUUCCUUCAGGACCACCCCAGAGUGCACCUCCUGGACAACAAUAUCCCCCUUCUGGUCAACCUUCCCCCUACCCACCAGCAUCACAGCCUCCAUACUCAAAUCCAUCUUCUCAGCCUGGUAGUCCUGCACCUCCUGUCUCCACAGCUCCAAUGCCACAAUCAUCAUACCCACAAAAUCCACAAAAUUACCCACCUACAGGGGGUGCUUACCCACCUCAUGCUUAUCAACAGGGCUAUCCCCCAAGUCAAUAUCCUCCUUCACCCUAUCCAUAUGCUAGAGCUCCACCUCCUACAGGAGCUCAACCGUAUCAAGGUUAUAGCUUCCAACCCCCUAAUCAACAGUAA